CGUUGCUUGCCAACGCCGCAAAUACCGUCGACCAAUAGCGUCACCUCCAUUUACCCGCCGACGACGAUGAGCAGCCAAGCUGCAGCCCAACAAUCUUCAUCGGCGGAGGCCAUACCUAAGGUGGCUGAACUUGGUACAACAAGUGCUCCCCUCAAGAGCGCGGCAUUCUUCAUCGGCGCAUACUGCAAGGAAUAUAAUGAGGAUUUCAUGUUAUGCAAAGACGAGAACCGAGACCCCGCUCAUUGCCUGAAGGAGGGCCGACGAGUGACGCGAUGCGCAACGGAAUUAAUAACAAAGCUCCGUGAAAACUGCCUGCAACAAUUUGAGGCGCACUGGGCGUGUCUUGAGCAGAACAAUCAACAAUAUUACCGUUGUCGCCCAGCAGAGCAUUCGCUCAACUCUUGCGUGUUCGAGAAGCUGGGUCUCGCCAAAACGAUUCCGGGAACUCCCGAAGGUCGUAUACCAGUACACGAAGACAGAAACCCCACCCUGAAACGACAGCAAAAGUAG